AUGGCAGUCGAUGUACCACGCGAGGUUGUUCAAAAACUGAUGUUUUUCACCGCAGCAAUGGUGAUUCUUCCAGUCUUAUCUUUUUUCCUAGUGCAACAGGUUACCAGUAACACAUUGAUAAGUGGCGGGCUUGCUGCUUUAGCUGCUAACCUGGUAUUGGUCGCAUACGUGGUUAUGGCGUUCAGCGAAGAUACAGGAACUGAAGAAUCUGAAAAGUUGAAGCCAGAGGAAAAGAAAAACAAUUAA